GUAAAAUCGAUGGCGCCACCCGUGCCAAGCUCCUAAAGGAGCUGGACACCCAGGAUGAUGCCAAGCUGCAUGCGGCACUUGUUAAGAGCGAGGGUGCUAGAAAGCGUUUCAUCGCCGAGCUCCACGCAAAGCGAAAUCUGGAGCAACUCAAGGCGUCCCAGCGGCUUCAAAAGGCCGACGAAGAUCGAGAAGCUCGAUUGGCCAAGCUGGAGCAGAUAAAGAAGCAGCAGCACGCCCGGGCUGAGGCCCACAGGGCAGCGGAGGAGGCCAAAAAGAGCACCAUGGCCCAGCUCGAGGUCUUGAUGAAGCAGAAGGAGGCUCAGGCGAUUCGCCGCCUGAUUCAGGAGAAGGACGCUCAAGACCGUGGCAUGGGUCGCGAGAAGGAUGCCGCGAGACAGCGGAGGAAGAUGCAGGAGCGGUCGGCGGCAGAAGUUCGGGCCAUCGAGGAGGAACGGGCACAGCAGUUGGCCAAGAAGCGCGACACCGAGGUGGAGAAGCGGCAGGGGCUGAUCUUGAAGAAGAACAGGCAAAUCGCCGAGAUUCUCCGGGACGAGAAGCUGAAAGAUCGCGAAUACCAGGUGAGACUGCGGGAAGAGAAAGACCUGAUCAUCCAAGAUGUCUGGAAAAGCAAGGCGCAGGUUCGUGUCGCCCAAGAGGAGAAGGAACGCGAGUACAUUCGCCUGGAGGAGAUCCGGGAGAAGGUGAACGUCGAGCGCGAACGCCGGCGUGCCCUCGACGAGCUCAAGCAGAUCAGUGCCAUCCGUAAGCACGCCGAGGAGGAGAAGGAAGUUACUGUGAAGAGGCGAGAGAAAAUGCGGAAGGAGUACCUGCUGCAACUCAAGGUCGAAGCAAGCAACAG